UCAUUUGAAUGUGCCCAGUGUAACAAACAUUUUACCACACCUCAUGGUUUAGAAGUUCAUGUCCGCAGAUCACACAUUGGAACCAGACCCUUCGCUUGUGACAUCUGUAAUAAAUCAUUUGGACAUGCCGUUAGUUUGGAUCAACAUAGAGUCGUUCACACUCAAGAAAGAAACUUUUCCUGUGCACAGUGUGGUAAAUCAUUCAAGAGAUCAUCAACUCUGUCCACUCAUCUACUGAUUCACAGUGACACCAGACCUUACCCUUGUCCUUAUUGUGGUAAACGAUUUCAUCAAAAAUCUGAUAUGAAGAAACACACCUAUAUACAUACUGGAGAAAAACCCCAUAAGUGUUUACAGUGUGGAAAAGCGUUUAGUCAAUCAUCCAACCUAAUAACACACAGUCGUAAACAUACUGGUUAUAAACCAUUUGCUUGUCACAGAUGCGGAAGGGCCUUUCAACGAAAAGUAGACCUACGGCGUCAUAUUGAAACCCAGCAUGCAUUGUCAUUAGAAUCGCACGUGCAUGAACGAAUUGAUACACAUCUUUAA